AUUAAAAGUAUCACAUAAUAUGUGUAAACAAUAUUUAAUUUAAAGUUUUUUACGUUUUUGACUGACAUUUGUUUGACUUAUUCUUUACCGAAGAGUAAAACUCAUUGUCACUGAAGAUAUAUCACUGAAUGUUUUGGUGUCAGACACGAGAACAGCUCAUUGAGUAUCUCUUAUUAACACAGAUAUGGAGUUCUGAAGUCACAGACAAUUAGGUCAUCCAAUGGAAUCAAUUGAAUGGUCUGAAUGAAGACAUCGAGUUACAAGACUUCUUCUUCUUCUAUAACAUACGUUUUGCCGCCAGAGAUAUGAGUACUUCCAGCGGCGCAAGUGAUGACUUACGACGACCAUCGUUGUCGUCGAUAAUGUCGUUGAUGUGGGCGUCACCUAAACAGCAACUUUUGGCAAAUUCAUUGCUCGACGAUCACACCGAUAGAUCCAAUCCAAUGGUCAGACUGUGCGAACACUAUGAAGACUAUGUAAUCGGAAGUAAACUAAUCAAAUCACUCGAACCUAAAGUCCACAACAAUUACAUUAAUAUUAUAACAAAACCGAUGCUUAUUGUGGAACAAAUGAUUAUGAACUUAGAGUAUGAGGCCUUAGAAGAAGCGGCGAAGAUAUUGAACUUCGAUUAUCUUCUGGAGAUUUACGCACAAAAAGCCGUUGAGGUUCAGAUCUAUGACUUGCCAUCAACUGGUGCUUCGGUAUUAUCUGACGCAACACUAAUCUCAUCGACAUAUAUUGAUAACAAAAGUAUGUCUUCAUCGGUGAAGACUUAUUUAAUGCCAGAAAGCAUUCCAACUAAAGACCAAUGGAUUCCCGACUCAAAUGUUACCCAUUGUAUGAUUUGCAAGUUUGAAAAGUUUUCAAUGUUAAACCGAAGACAUCAUUGUCGAAGAUGUGGGCGAGUUGUUUGUGGUAACUGUUCUCAAAAUAAUUUGCUAAUUCGUGAAAUAAAUGCCAAUUCAUCGGUUAGAGUAUGUGAUGAAUGUUAUGUUCAGACACAACAGCUCUAUAGAAAAGAAAGUUUUAGUAGCGAAUCCAUGAGUUCUGACAGAGCCAUGGCUUGGGUUCUGACAACAGACGACAUUCAAAACGAUUCACUUCGGAUGGAAUUUUAUUAUGACUCGUCUCCCAGUGUUUCUGUAUGUCUGACCUUAUUGAGGAUGCAUUCGGAUAAGAAUCGGUGCUGUAAAGUGAUUGUCGAUAAUAUUUGUAAACCAUUGUUGGAAACAGUAGUCUCCAGUCAAGUGGACAAUGGAUUAAUUAUAGGAAUGAUUCGAUCGCUAUUAGUGUCGACAAAAAUUUCAGUCGACGAAGAAAAUCCUGAACUUAAAGAUCAGCUAAACUUUCUUUUAGAUCGUUUGGAUGUAAUCCGAAUGUUAAUUAACUCCAACUGUAUUACUAAAGAUUUGAUAGCAAUUGCACUGUCGAGCAAUGAUAACGCCAUAAUUAAACUUCAAGAGAGACUCAUCGAAAUGGAAAGAUUUGAAUUGGCCCGCGAUUUGGCCACAAAGUUUGGACUCGACUUGCGAUCCAUAUUCAAGACCUGGGCUUUCAUUUGUCUAAAGCACUCACAAUAUUCAGAAGCGAGAGAUAAGUUUAAACUCGUAUUUGACAAAAAUAAGACAACAGAAGGCAAUAGAGAUCUCGAAAAUAUUUUGAAAGUUUUAUCUAAACGCAAGUAUUGGUCAAACAGUACAGUUCGAGAACGAUGUCAUCAGAUAACUAAAGGGAAAAUCAAUCCAAACGAUGGAUCAAAUUCUUCAAGAUUUUACAACGAAGACAAUGAUUUGCAAACAAAAAAUCCGAAAGUUUUUAUAGAAAUAAUGUAUUAUUUGCAAGAAUAUGGUAAUAGUGAGGACACAAUCAAAUUUUUUUCGAAGAACUCGAUGUGGAAACAAGCGUUUCGUGCUUUUCUUAAUUAUGCAAACAAUUGUUCGACGAAUAUGUUUAUUAAAGAGUUAUUUAUGGUAUCCCUUCGCAAAGGCUCUCUCUCGACAUUUCUCAGGGAUUUAAAGACAUGCGAUUCGGGUUUAAAGCAUAGCUGGAGAUUCCUGUUAUCCACCUGCAAGUACCUGAGCUCUAACAGUAUGUUUCACGUGUUACAUGUGCUGCAAGUGUUUAUGGGCGAUCAUUUGCGGGCUGCCAUCACUCAAAUCAAUUGGUUUUUCUUGAGUCCUCCGGCAGCCGAUUAUAUGGAAAUGAAUUUACGAGUGAUUCACUUGUAUACAGCUAAACAACAUUGCAAAGACUAUCUGAGUAUAAAUCCAAAUGACUAUAGAAAUGGUUGUCUUAUAAUGGAAAAGGAAGAAGUGAUGAAACAAAUUAGAGUUUUGAAUCUUCAAAUAGAUAUUACAAAUGUUUUCAAUGAGAGACGAAUUAAAGGAUUUUUACCAAAUGAAGUCUAUUCAGCCAAAGAGUUUGACAUUGGAUUUCACAGUCCGCCCACUAUUCUUGAUCACAACAAAGCAAGAAAAGUACAGUUAACCGCUUUGACUGCCAUUUCUUAUGGAUCUCAAAUUGCUGAAGGAUUUAGUAUAUCACAGAUGAUAAUCAAAGACCAUAACUUGGAUGCGGCACAAGUAUAUAGACUUGCGGGACGAGCUUUAGUGAGGACUCCAAGAAUCAAUGUAAUUGAUUCAGUCUCACAAUUAUUAGAUUGUAUUCGUGCCUCAAAUUCGGGCGAUACUACUGUAGUGUGCGAUGAUGUGAUCGGCGCCUGUAUUCGUAGUGCAGCCGACCAUCUCUUGAUUGAACCACUGAUUAAACUACUCUCUAAUGACAUCAACAAAAUAGAUGCUUAUAUAUUGAGCGGAAAAUUAAAGUCGGCUUAUCUGUUGGCUGUCCAUCACAAUCGUGAAACAGAUGUAACACGAGUUCUGGAGGCCUCUAAGCGCUCAAAUGAGACACAAAUUGGAAAGAUAUGCGAAAUGUGGUUAAAACGUAAAGCAAAACUCAUUGAUAUCGACAGUUAAUAU